AUGUCGGGCCGUUACGAGCGGGUCAACGCCCACGACGUGGACGAAUCCGAAACACCAACAGCCCCCUUGCCCAGGCCGACAUAUCCGAUCCCCAACUCACCACCACCGUCGUUCCACUCCCGAGACUCCUCGACCGAGCGGCGACAAACCGUGAAUCCCGACCUUGCCGAUGCCUUCGAUUCCGAUGGCGACGAUAGCGACGAUGACGCAGACGACAGGCAGCGGUUAGUCCGCGGCAAUUCCACUCCAUCAUUCAAUGAAGCCACGCAGGCGGGAGCGGCGUCGACACCGUCGAACGGGCAAGCAGCGCAAGCACAGAGACCGCUAGGAGUAGCGCCGACGACGUCCAGGGUUUAUGGCAGUGGCAUCCAAUCCGACGGCGUAUUCUCAAACCUCUCGGCAAAGCCGGAGCGCGGUGGCGAAGAAAAGGAGGAGCUACCUCCAUCCUACGAACAAGCCGCAGCAGACCAGGCCCCUCCGUACUGGGAAACGACGAUUCUCGCGCCCGGUCUGGGCGGACCCGACGACGUCUUCAUCGACGGCCUGCCGGUGGGCUCCUUCUUCGGCUUUGUCUGGAACGCCAUGAUCUCGAUGGCCUUCCAGCUCGUCGGCUUCCUUCUCACCUACCUCCUGCACUCGACUCACGCAGCCAAGAACGGUUCUCGCGCGGGACUGGGCAUCACGCUGAUUCAGUAUGGGUUCAUGAUGAAGAGCGCGCCCCCUGGGUCCGGCAGUGGCAUGCAUUCUCAUAUGGACGGCGAGGGCUACAUCGAUCCCGCGGACCCGAACUCACACGACUUUGAUCCGAACCAGGUCAACCAGAGCGGCGGUAGUGAUGAUAUCACAGGCAACGAUUGGGCGGCAUACAUCCUGAUGGUGGUGGGCUGGUUCAUCUUGAUUCGGGCAGUUAGCGACUACCUGAAGGUGCGCAGGCACGAGCAGUUGGUGCUACAGAGUCCUGAUCGGGGAUUGGGAAUUCCGAUUAUUGCGACUGGGGAGUCGCCCGAGAGAGUGGUAUAG